AUUAAUAUAAUGAAUAUACACAUGUAUCGAAUUAAGGCUAGAGUGAACGAUGCAUCAGAUAGUGCAACUUUUGUAAUAUUUGAAAGCGUUGGAUAUUUGUUGUUGCAUAAGUCCUGCUCCGAGAUGCUGAAGUUCUGUGAGAAUGUCUCAGGAGGAAGUGAACAACCAAAUGUGUUCAAUCAAAUGUUGCUAGAUAAGUCAUUUAUCUUCAAGGUUGAGGUUGGCGCCGGAAGCUUCAAUGAGUUUGAACCUUCUUACAAUGUUAAUGACAUAUGCUUUAAUGACCGGGUCAUUGCAAAAUUUAAGGAGUUGCACUCUACAUUUUUCUCUCCUAAGACUGAUAAGACCAUCGGAUAUUCAACUGAUGGGAAGACAAACUCACAAGUGAUUUUAGUUGACAAGGCCUCUUCUUGCAAAAGAAUUUAAUAGUGGAUUUUGUGGAAUCUCAAGAAAGUCGUCCAACACAAUCAGGAGAUGAUGUGGUCAAUCUUACUCCCAUGAAAAGAAUGCAAGGCGAGUCAUCUAACCUUGGAGAUGGAGAUGAGUCCGUUUACAAGAUGAGGAGUAUUAAGAUUGAAAAAAAUUAAUCGUCAUUAUUAUUUGGUCGUUGGAGUAUAAUGAAAUACUUUAAGUUUU